AUAAUUUUCCAUAUAUAAUUGCGUACCUAUGCUUUGAAAAGAUAGGAAAAAUGAAGCUGUUACUCCUAACCCUUAUAUGCAGUUAUUCAAUAAACGGAUCACCGUCUAGGGGGUCGCGUAUUAUUGGUGGAAGUAUAGCCAGAGCGGGUCAGUUUCCUUGGCAAGCGGCAAUCCAAUUGGACAACAUAUCCGGCAAGUAUUUUUGCGGAGGAGCGCUCAUUUCGGACCAGUGGAUUUUAACAGCAGCUCAUUGUGUCUACGGGGGCAAAUCCUUUGUAAUUCAUUUGGGUUCAAACACUCUAUUGUCGCCCGAUGCCAACCGAGUGCUGCUAUCAUCGUCAACGUAUGUGACACAUCCACAAUACAACCAAAACACUCUAGAGAACGAUGUUGGACUUAUCAUGCUUCAUUUGCCCAUUACAUUCACCGAUUAUAUUCAAAAGAUUGACAUUUCAAGUAUGGGACAAAUUGUUGAUGGGGACGUCGUAACGACAACUGGUUGGGGACAAAUUAGCGACAGUGCUGCUGGUAUAAGCAACAAUUUGUACUACGUAGACUUGGUGAUAAUUUCAAAUGCGGAAUGCCAAAUAACUUACGGUAGUCAGAUUAAGGCCGGAAUGGUUUGUGCGGUCGGUAAUUACAAUGAAGGGAUUUGCACUGGCGACACUGGAGGUCCUUUAAUCACAUAUAACAGCGAUGGAGACCCGGUUCAUGUUGGUAUCGCUAGUUUUAUGAGUCAAAACGGAUGUGAAAGUACAGACCCCACAGGAUACACAAGAACUGAUAUUUAUCACCCGUGGAUAUCAAAUGUUACUAAUAUUCCUAAUAUAGGAAGUCGUAUAGUUGGAGGACAACUGGCAAGAUCUGGACAGUUUCCAUGGCAAGUUGCAGUUUAUGUUGACACCGCCGACGGGAAAUUUUUCUGUGGAGGUUCACUGAUCAGUGAUCAAUGGAUUUUGAGCGCUGCUCACUGCUUAUACAAUGCAAGACUGUAUACGGUUCACUUGGGUUCGACCACUCUGCAGUCAGCGGAUAGCAAUCGCGUAGUUCUUGCAACAUCAACACACGAAAUCUUUCCAAACUUUGAUCCUAUGAGUUUGGAACAUGAUAUAGGGCUUAUUAAGCUGCACAUGCCUAUUUCGUUCAACGACUAUAUUCAACCAAUACAAUUAGCUCGUUUGGGGCAAACUACUGAAGGUGCACUUGCUAUAGCUUCAGGAUGGGGACAAAUCAGUGAUGCUCAAACCGGGAUAGUCAAUAGUCUUAAUUAUGUCAAUGUGGCCAUCAUAUCAAAUGCUGAGUGUCAAAUAACUUAUGGUAACCAAAUAAAGUCAACUAUGAUUUGCACCGUGGGAAAUUAUAAUGAAGGAAUUUGUUUGGGCGAUACUGGAGGUCCUUUGGUGAUCACUAGAGAUGGUGAAUACAUCCAAGUCGGGGUGUCUGGAUUCUACAGUGAACAAGGUUGUGAACAAUUACACCCUUCGGGAUAUGCUAGAAUCGAUGUAUAUACCGACUGGAUUCUAAACAUAACGCAAUCAUGAUAAAUUUUAGUACUGUUUCAUGAAAAUAAACUAUUAAUUGCUAAUAAUAAAAA